AUGUCCGAUUCUGUGAUGGGAAGAAGCGUAUUUGAAGAUUCAUAUUACGAGGAAGAUGGCAUCAACGGUAACCAACACAUCAAACAGCGGAAAUGUGAGAAAUUCAUCCUUUUCCAAAAUUCCACGCUCAUGAUACAAUUGGACAUUUUUUUUGCCAUGCUACCUUCGUUAUGGUUGAACAAAUCGUUUUUGCUGCAUGACAACAUUGUUGCAGCUUUCUUCUCUCCAGACGACUCGAGCGGUAUCUCUUCGUGCACAACGUCUGACAGUCUAAAUCCUACCCACAGAGCCCAAUCUGCUUUCAUUCCAAGACAUUCCGACGAAGUUUUACUGGACAUUGGUGAUGCAAUUCAUGUCGAUCGAACGUGUGAAGAUCAUUGGUGUUACGGUAGGCUAUAUUCUUUCGAGUUGCGAUCAGUUUAA